AUGUCAAAAUUUCAUCUACUCAAAAAAUCCUUACUGAAACCCAACAAGCUAUUCAACAUUUACAACACACCAAAGAAACGCAAGAAUUUCUUGCUUGCACCACCUGUAUUUGCAUACAGCAUUGAUCGUCGUGAAGUAGCUACCUUGCCACAAAAGAAAUCCAUCUUGGUCACUGAUUUGCUAUCCACCACCACCACCACCAGCAGCAGCAGUAGCAGUAGCGUAUGCACUCACAAUGCAAUUGCCAUCAAACCCAAGCUAUUCAGCCACCGUACACAUCUCUACAUGAGCAGACAAUUUCGUCACUAUGCCACAUCACAAAACCAACACAAGCACAUCACCAAAGCCGAGUUGCUAGCACAGGCUCGAGGAUUCUUUGACAGACUCAAGAUUCGUAUUAAAUACCCAUUGAUGAGGCAGAUUCGACCUUGGACAUUGAACGAUGCGACAGCCUUGUUUUCUUGGCUGUUUCUUGGACAUACAGUGUGGUUGUUGGCAGGCACAACAAGUUUUGUGAGUUUGAUACUGUGGUUGGCGAAUUCAUUGCAAUUUCAAGAAUGGAUUGCAUAUCGCAUUGGAAAAUACCUCACAUCGGCUACAGGAGCCACUGUCGUGUUUGAUUCUGCCAUUUUGCCCAACUGGAAAGAUGGCAAAAUCAGAUUCAACAAUGUCAGAAUCUAUCGCAUGCCUCGUUCAGAACAUGAAAAGUUUGAGCGCCAUGCCGCCUUGUUGGAGACAGGCCAAGAAAUCCCUGCAGACGAAAUCACUGUACAAGAUGACAAUGAUCCAUUAGCUGGUGUGGAGCUUGACGAGGAUGAAAAGGACAAUGAAGUGCUGAAAAAGUGGAUGUGGUAUGAUCUUGUCAUUGACCGAGUGGAAGUAACACUCAGCUUGAUUCGUUGGAUGGAUGGAAAGGGUCUAGUGCAAAGUGCGGAUGUGCAAGGUGUGCGUGGUGUUGUGGAUCGACGCCAUGUACGCUGGGAUCCAGACGUGCCUUAUGAUCCAGUCGCUUCCAGACAUCAAUAUACGCCUGGUGAUUUUGAAUUGGAGAAAUUGACUGUGGAAGAUUUGUUGGUCACUGUGUAUCAACCACAUGGAUUUAGACCAUACCCCAUCUCGAUAUUCCAGGCUCAAUUGGAUAGAUUUAGAAAGCAAUGGCUGUUUUAUGAUUUGUUAUGCGCUACAUCGAUUAUUGGUGCCUUUGAUAAAUGUUUAUUCAGUGUCCAUUCGCCACAGUUGGAAAAGAGUGUGUUGGAACAGUCAGGACACAUUGAUUCGCAGAAAACUGGAUUUCGAAGUCAUGAUAUCUAUCAUUAUUACCCAUUCAAGAAGCCUGAUCCCAAUGGCGUGGUAGUUGGUGGUGAAUCUACUCGAUUUGGUGUAUUGACAGACAAUGAUAUGCGAAAGCAGGGUUACAAGCGAAAGUCUCGCUUGAGAAUCGAUGGCGUCAAUAUAGAUCAUAUCAAUCGAGGCGUGGAAGGACCUCCUGGAUGGAUCACAUCAGGCACAGUCGAUAUUUCUGCAGACAUUUACAUCCCUCAAGAAGCAGUAGAAGCCGAUUCCACUGAGCUCUUGCGACAAUUGGUCUACGAACUCACUGAUCGCAUUGAGCUCUCGCAACCUGUAAUUCUCGGUGCAGGUAACGGAGAGGAGAUUUUAGUGGUAGGAGGCCAGCGCGAAGAAAAGCCCAAGAAAAAGAAGGAAGAAGACACCAAUGCCAAAAAGUUUGUCAUGGACAUGGAUUUCCGAUUCAAAGAUACCAAGGCCUCAGUCCCACUCAAGACACCAGAACUCAGUUACCUCAACAGCGCCAUGGUCAGACCUGUGGUGGGCUACAUUUCUCGCAACAAGGCCAUUGUCCCCAUCAAGAUUCGCUUGGUCAUGGAUCUCAGUAACUUUGAUGGAUCGUGGACAUUGUAUGAUUCGACACUGGCUGAACGCAUGGGAGAAAAGCUGGGUCAAGGGUUCGUGGAUUUGACGCUGGAUCAACAGGAACGCAAUAGACGAUUAAAGCGUAUUGGGUUCUGGAGUAUCAAGGAAAUGUCGAGAAAUUUGAUCAGUAUCCAUGAACUCAUGCGUGGUACCUCCAGAGGAUUUUGGAGCUACUUGGGCACUGGCACCGCUUAG